AUUAUUGCAAAAAAGAUUAUACGUUAUUCUCAAAAAUAAAAAAUUAUUUAUAUGUCCAGAGGCACUGGCACUGUAGUAAAAGCCUCUAUUGAUUUGGCUAGAUUUUCUCCUUCACCCGAAAAAUAUGGACAUCGAUCCAAACGACGACGUUUUCGGUCUCUUCACCACCACCACCACCCCCAACACCGCCUCAGUCUCAGCCUCAGCCUCUGCCUCUGCUGACUCUCAGCCUCAGUCCAACUUUCGGUCUUACUCCGCUCCUUCCACCAACCCCGACAACCGCUUCUUCCUCGACUCAUCCGACGAAGAAGAAAACCAUGCCGAUUCCCUCGAGUCUGCCUCCAAGCGCCUCAAUUACAUGCUCCAAUUCCUAGACCGAAAGCUCCAUUCUCAUCAUUCCAAUAUUAUUUCCGAUUCGCCCACUCCUCCAACUCAAAAUCAAACUCAAACUCAAACUCAAAACCACUCUCCUCCGCUCCCUGAGUUCGUUGCCAACGGCGGAGCCUCUGGCAUCUUCCGCCUUCCUCUUCGCGCCGCAGUACACCCCAACCGCCCUUUCAGCCUCGAACUCAGGCCUCACCCGCUUCGGGAAACUCAGAUUGGCCGCUUCCUUCGCUCCAUUGUUGCCACUCCCUCUCAACUGUGGGCAGCAACCGAGUGCGGCCUUCGCCUUUGGAAAUUGAACAAUCUCUACGCUUCCGGUGGUCCCGAGGAUGCGCUGCCAUUUCUGGAGUCCGUGGGUACUUCUCCCACUCUAUGCUUGGUCGCCGAUCAGGGGUCCCGGGUUGUCUGGAGCGGCCAUAGGGACGGUAAGAUUAGGUGUUGGAGAAUGGACCAGAAUCAUCAGACCUAUUUCAAGGAAAGCUUGUCGUGGCAGGCUCAUAGAGGCCCCGUUCUCUCUCUCGUUAUCACAGCUUAUGGAGACCUGUGGUCGGGUUCAGAGGCUGGUGUUAUUAAGAUAUGGCCUUGGGAAGCUAUUGAAAGAUCUUUGUCUUUAACUGUUGAAGAAAGGCCCAUGGCAGCACUACUCGUGGAGAGGUCCUUCAUUGACCCAAGGGGCCAACUUGCUGCAAAUGGUUUUGUCAAUGUCUUUAAUUCCGAUGUCAAGUACCUCUUGUCUGAUAAUUCCAGAGCCAAAGUCUGGACUGCCGGUUAUUUAUCCUUUGCAUUAUGGGAUGCACGUACUAGGGAGUUACUGAAAGUUUACAAUACAGAUGGUCAGCUUGAAAAUCGAGUGGACAUAUCAUCUGUGCAGGACAUUUCUAUAGACUUUGCCUCUGGGUCGAAGAAAGAGAAAACACAAAACUCCUUUGGGUUCUUUCAGCGCUCCCGCAAUGCUAUAAUGGGCGCAGCAGAUGCUGUUCGUCGUGUUGCAGCGAAGGGUGCCUUUGGAGAUGACAAUCGAAGAACAGAAGCAAUGGCGAUAGCUGUUGACGGUAUGGUGUGGACAGGAUGUACAAGUGGUUCGCUUGUGCAAUGGGAUGGAAAUGGCAACCGCUUACAAGAUUUUCUUUACCAUUCCUCUCCGGUUCAGUGCCUUUGUACCUUUGGUAUGCGAUUAUGGGUGGGUUAUCUAAGUGGCACUGUUCAAGUAUUGGACCUUGAGGGUAAUCUGCUUGGAGGAUGGGUGGCUCAUAGCUGUCCUGUGAUAAAUAUGACUGCUGGGGCAGGUUAUAUAUUCACUUUGGCAAAUCAUGGCGGCAUACGGGGAUGGAGUGUCACAUUACCUGGACCCCUUGACAAUAUAGUGCGUUCGGAGUUGACUGACAAAGAAUUUUUAUAUACGAGGAUUGAAAGUUUGAAAAUAUUGACCGGUACAUGGAAUGUUGGACAAGGAAGAGCAUCUCGUGACUCACUCAUAUCAUGGCUAGGUUCUGUCACCUCUGAUGUCAGCAUUGUUGUUGUUGGGUUGCAAGAAGUUGAGAUGGGAGCUGGCUUUCUUGCCAUGUCUGCAGCUAAAGAGACUGUGGGUCUUGAGGGGAGUUCUGUCGGGCAGUGGUGGCUGGAUAUGAUUGGCAAAACAUUGGAUGAAGGAUCAACAUUUGAACGUGUUGGUUCUAGGCAGUUGGCAGGCUUGCUUAUUGCUGCAUGGGUAAGAAUUGAUAUUAGAGCUUAUGUUGGAGAUGUUGAUGCAGCAGCAGUUCCAUGUGGUUUCGGGCGUGCUAUCGGUAAUAAGGGAGCUGUUGGUUUGAGGAUUAGAGUGUAUGACCGAAUAAUGUGUUUUGUUAACUGUCACUUUGCUGCACAUCUUGAAGCGGUUAAUCGUCGCAAUGCAGACUUUGAUCAUGUAUACCGGACAAUGUCCUUCAGUCGACCAACGAAUCUCUUCAAUGCUGCUUCUGGUACAAUACUGUACCUAUUCCUGUUUUGUUCACUUGCCUUCUCAAUGUAUUUAUUUUGGCUUGUUUAUAGAUCUGGAUUGCCAUUGGUCCUUUCUGUUGCAGCUAGUGCUUCAUCGGCUGCUCAGGUUCUUCGCAGUACAACUAUUGGUGUUGCCUACUCUGCUGAAGGGAUGCCUGAAUUAUCUGAGGCAGACAUGGUCAUAUUUCUUGGUGAUCUUAAUUAUCGAUUAGAUGGUAUAUCUUAUGACGAAGCUAGAGAUUUUGUGUCACAAAGAUGUUUUGAUUGGCUUAGAGAAAGAGAUCAACUUCGAGCAGAAAUGGAAGCUGGAAAUGUCUUUCAAGGAAUGCGUGAGGCAGUUAUUAGGUUUCCUCCCACAUACAAGUUUGAAAGACACCAAGUUGGUUUAGCAGGGUAUGAUUCAGGUGAAAAGAAGCGAAUCCCAGCUUGGUGUGAUAGAAUAAUAUACCGUGAUAGCCGUUCAUCCUCUGCCUCAGAAUGCAGUUUGAAGUGCCCUGUAGUUUCCUCAAUACUGCAGUAUGAUGGUUGCAUGGAUGUGACCGACAGUGAUCAUAAGCCUGUCCGCUGCAUAUUUGCUGUUGAUAUCGCAAGAGUCGAUGAAUCAGUUAGGAGACAGGAACUUGGAGAGAUUCUUGGAGCAAAUAAGAAAGUCAAAGUUAUGCUUGAUAAACUGUGCAAGAUCCCCGAAACGAUCAUCAGCACAAACAACAUAAUUCUUCAAAACAAGGACACAUCCAUCUUGCGUAUUACCAAUAAAUGUGGAGAAAGAGAUGCAUUAUUUGUAAUACUUUGUGAAGGGCAGUCUACUGUUAGUGAGGAUGGGCUUGCAUCAGAUCAUUGUCCUAGAGGUUCCUUCGGCUUUCCCCGAUGGCUUGAGGUUAUGCCUGCUACCGGCAUUAUCAAACCUGAUCAUAUUGCAGAGGUCUCUGUUCACCAUGAAGACUUCCAAACACAGGAAGAGUUCGUGGAUGGCGUCCAUCAGAACAGUUGGUGUGAAGAUGCCAGAGACAAGGAAGUUAUAUUGGUGGUUAAGAUUAGGGGGAGUUACACGACUGAGUCAAGAGAUCACCAGGUUCGUGUGCGUCACUGCUUUUCAUCACGAAAGCAACAAAACGGACACGAGACCGAAUCCAAAAAACUCCAAGGAACAGUCCUCCACCGAUCGGAUUUGCAACAUCUUAGUAGUUCCUAUGACGUGGUCGACCACUUGAAAGACAUGGUUGACAACCUACAAAGCAUGCACAGUCCGUAAAUGAAUCUGACGAAGAACAGAAAGACCGGCUGGCCAAGUGCCAUUUUUUAAGCAUCUGAUAAGCUUUAGUCGCCAGUUGCUUAUGAAGCUAACUCUUUAUUAUUUGUUGAGUAAAAUGUUCUCUCUUUUUUCCUUUUUCUCCCUUUCUAUUCUAAUCUCUUGGGCUGAUUGAUUUUCAGUAUUAAUUUAAUUGUACAGGAAAGACAAAAUUAGUAAAGCUUGCAGAUGAUAUGAUUGUUUGUACGUUUAUAAUCUAUUGUGCUAUCAAUGAAUGAAGAUAGUUUGUUCUUGAA